AACAACUUGCAGAUUGAUCUUGAAGAAAAUAAAGGGAAAGAAAUUGCAAAUUUGCAAAAUACUUUGCAUGAAAUGCAAACACAAAUUGAUGAAGCCCAUGCCGCAAUUAUCCAUGAGAAAGAAGCAGCAAAAUUAGCUAUUGAACAAGCUCCACCAGUCAUCAAAGAGGUGCCAGUUGUGGACAACACCAAGCUAGAAAUUCUGAAAAAUCACAAUGAGAAACUAGAGGGUGAGCUAAGUGAGCUGAAGAAGGAAAUUGAGGGAUUUGAAGAAAAUUACUCUCAAGUUGAAAAAGAAAGUAAAGCAAGGCAUAAAGAGGCAGAAGAAGCACAGCUGAAAGCAAGACAGCUUCAAGAAACUAUUGAAAGGUUAGAGUUGAACUUGUCCAGUCUCGAAUCUGAAAAUCAGGUGCUCCGCCAACAGGCUCUGGUUGCAUCAGCAAAUGAGGACUUCUCUGAAGAAAUGAGAAUCCUGAAGAGGAAGAUCGCAGAUUUGGAGUCAGAGAAUAAAUUCCUCCGCAACAAGACUCUAGUCAUGGAGCAGAAAGCUACUCCAGAGAGGUUUCAGCCACAAGUAAAGCCUUUUGAGAAUGGGAACGGGAAAAGGGAAGAGCUUCGGACCAAAGAGCCAGAUCCUGUAGUGUCUCACCUUAGUAGACAAAGAUCACUCACAGAUAGGCAGCAGGAAAGUGUUGACGUGCUUGUUAAGUGUCUUAUGGAAGAUAGGCAAUUUGACAAGAACAGGCCUGUCACUGCCUGUAUUGUGUACAGAGCACUUCUUCAGUGGAGAACCUUUGAAGCAGAGAAAACAAACGUAUUUGAUAGGAUCAUUCACAAAAUUCGGUCCAUUAUAGAGACUCAAAACAAUGUCAGUGAUCUGGCAUAUUGGCUUUCAACAACUUCUACCCUUCUAUUUCUUCUACAAAGUACGCUCAAGGCAGCCAGUGCAUCUAAUACAGCUUCAUAUCGUAACCGAACUCCUGCUACCAUAUUUGGUAGAAUGGCACAUGGUUUUCGUUCAUCUUCUAUGAGCACGGGAGUUUCAAGUGGCUACAGUGGAACGAUGGGCAAGCCAAAUGAGCAAUUAAAAGUGGAGGCUAAGUACCCAGCAUUAUUGUUCAAGCAACAUCUAACUGCAUUUGUUGAGAAAAUAUAUGGGACCAUCCGUGAUAGUCUAAAGAAAGAGAUUAGCCCAUUCUUGAAUUUGUGCAUUCAGGCACCAAGAUCUGCAAGGGGCAGGUCGAUAAGAGGCUCAUCUAAAACUAUACAUUCAAACAUAAGAGCAAGACAACAGGCAUCAAAUAUGCACUGGCAAAGCACUGUCAACAAGUUAGAUCAAACCUUGGGUAUUUUGUCUGUGAACCAUGUCUCUCCCAUGAUCGCAAGGAAAAUCUUCAGUCAAGUUUUCUCAUUCAUCAAUGUCCAGCUCUUUAACAGCUUAUUGCUUCGUCGUGAGUGCUGCUCAUUUAGCAAUGGAGAAUUUCUGAAAGCAGGUUUGCUUGAAUUGGAACAAUGGUGUCUCAAAGUAACAGAUCAGUUUGCUGGAUCGUCCUUGGAAGAGCUUCAACACAUAAGGCAGGCUGUAGGAUUUUUGGUUUUACACCAAAAAACUCAGAAAUCAGUGGAUGAAAUCACAAAUGAAUUGUGUCCGAUACUGAGCAUCCCUCAAAUAUAUCGCAUUGGAACAAUGUUCUGGGACGACAAAUAUGGAGCGCAGGGAUUAUCUGCAGAAGUUAUUGGCAAAAUGAGAGUGUUGAUGGCAGAGGAUUCAAUCAACAUGCCCAAUAAUUCUUUCCUGCUCGACGCUGAUUCCAGCAUACCUUUCUCUAUUGAAGAGAUGUGCAGAUCCUUUGAUGAUAUCAGCCUAUCUGAUAUGAAUCCGCCAGCCAUCCUCCAACAAAGAUCGGACUUCCACUUCCUGUUGCAACAAACGGAUUGAGGCUACUUGAUAUCUUUCUAAAUUCAAACGGUCAAAGAUUGGGAGCAGACAGUUAUAUUUCCAUUUGUCUUUCGCUUCUGAGAGAUGGAAUAUUCUGAUAUAUUUUUUCGUCUAUGAUAGAAAUUUAGAUCAUGGUCUUGCAGUUUUCUUUUGUUUUGAUGCUUGAAUCUAAAGGAAAGAACAAUUGGAGUGCAUUUUGUACCAAAGACGAGUUAACCCUCUAUCCUCCAAUUUGUGUAAUGUGCAGGAGAAAAACAAUAUUGUUGUCAUGUACUGUUACCAAUACCAACUUUUACCCCCACUGAUAUUGCACACAGGCCAGCGUCUCUAAUGGGAAGAUCUAAA